GGGAGAGCCACGAUGAGGAACGCCUGUGGUCCCCGGGUGCCAUCUCUUGCUACUCUCCUUUUACUCCUGCUGAUUCCUGAAGGAGGCUGUGAAAGAAUCAUUGGAGGAGACACGGUUGUUCCUCACUCAAGACCGUAUAUGGCUCUACUUAAACUUAGUUCGAAUACCAUCUGUGCUGGUGCUUUGAUUGAAAAUAACUGGGUGUUGACUGCUGCCCACUGUAACGUGGGAAAGAGAUCUCAGGUCAUUCUUGGGGCUCACUCGCUCAAGAAGGAGCCAGAACAACAGAUACUCACUGUUAAGAAAGCAUUUCCCUAUCCAUGCUAUGACCAAUAUACACAUGAGGGGGAUCUACAACUUGUACAGCUAAAGAAAAAAGCAACAGUUAACAGAAAUGUGGCUAUCCUUCACUUACCUAAAAAGGGGUAUGAUGUGAAACCAGGAACCCGAUGCCGAGUAGCAGGGUGGGGGAGAUUUGGCAAUAAGUCACCUCCCUCUGAUACUCUGAGAGAAGUCAACAUCACUGUCAUAGACAGAAAAGUCUGCAAUGAUGUAAAACACUAUAAUUUUAAUCCUGUAAUUGGACUAAACAUGAUUUGUGCAGGGGAUCUCCGUGGUGGAAAGGACUCGUGCAAUGUAAGUGAAAAAGAUGGAGUGUGUUAA